CUGCUGCCCCUUUUUAAAAAGCAGGGUUAAGCCGUGUUCUUUGGUGGUCUUGUCUUCUCCACCCUUGCUUGACCUUUACUAAAGAACCUUAAGGCUAAGCAGGAAUCCGGAAUAUUUAAAAUAAUUAAUGUACCUGUGCUUUGUUGGCAAAAUGGGAUUCUAACCAAAAUUGUAUGGGCGGGGCGGGGGGCACUAAUUCAUCAUUUCUUCUCUGGUUGGUUGUGUAAAUUAUUCUGUAGCUGGUAAAAAACAAUUUUGUUCCAUUGCUUUUCUUUCUUUUUAAAUUAAGCUGUGAGUGUAUAGCAGUGGGAACCACUUUUUUCCUGUUGCCAGUUUUUUCUUAUUGUCAGAAAUCCUUUGUGUCUAAACAGUGCCUGAAUUUCUCCUACCCACCUGGACCUUUAAUCGUUAUUUCUUAAUUUGUAGAAGCUUUCAGUGUCGUUUUGCUUAUAUCUGGGCGAGAACAUUUCCUCAGCCUUACAGCCUCUUCCCUAACUCUGGGCAACAUACUACAGAAAUAUGCCUUUAAAAGAAAAAGGAGGGGACUUCCCUGGUGGUCCAGUAGUAGAGAAUCCUCCUUACAAUGCAGGGGAUGCGGGUUCGAUACCUGGUCAGGGAACUAAGAUCCCACAUGCCGCGGGGCAACUAAGCCCGCAUACCACAGCUGGAGAGCCUUCUUGCCGCAAAGUGCAAAGCCCACACGCCCUGGAGCCUGGGCACCACAACUAGAAAUACGCCCGCAGCCGCAAUGAAAGAUCCUGCAUGCCACAACUAAGACCCGAUGCAGCCAAAAACAAAUUAAGUAAAUAAUAAAUCUUAAAAAAAAAGACCAUAAGGUGAUAGAGUGGGUGAAUGACUUCUUUAAGAAGUGGGUGGGACUUCCCUGAUGGCACAGUGGUUAAGAAUCUGCCAGCCAACGCAGGGGACACGGUUCGAGCCCUGGUCCGGGAAGAUCCCACAUGCCGCAGAGUAACUAAGCCCACAUGCCACAACUACUGAGCCCCUGCUCCGCAACAAGGGAAGCCACCACAAUGAGAAGCCCGGGCAUUGCAACAAAGAGUAGCCCCUGCUUGCCGCAACUAGAUGAAGCCCGUGCGCAGCAAUGAAAACCCAACGCAGCCAAAAAUAAAUAAAAUGAUUUUUUAAAAAAGACCCUGUGUAAACCUUCCACAUGUACACAGGAAGUGUGUGCAAACCUGAAUCACCAGCUGCGGUAUAGCCAAUCCAAAAGAGUGAAGUAGAGCGUCAUGUAUCUGCUUCGAUAAACCUCAAAAACAUAAUGCUGGGCUUUUAAAAAUGCAAGUCAUAAGAGGACUUUGUGUCCUGCAUCCCCGAUACAGAGGGAUUCUACGCCAUUUUAGAUGAGGGACUUGAGCAUCCGCAGAUGUUGGUUUUCGCACGGGGUCCUGGAACCAAUCCCCUGCGGUUACUGAGGGACGAACAGUACAACACUGCUUGUAUUAAUAUAAAGUUUGAAAACAUACGUGUAUUAUGUGUUGUUAUUUAUGGGUACAUACUCAUGUGGUGAGAAUAAAAAGCACGCAUGGAAAUUAUUAAAGUUCAGCUUGCACCCCCACGUCACAUGUGUUAACACAGAUGUCUGGGCUCCACCUCAGAGUUUCUGGUGCAGUAGGUGUGGGGCAAGGACUUAAGAACCUGCAUUUCUCAGAAGUUCCAGGUGGUGCUGCGGCAGGUACAGGGACCACAGUUUGAGAACUACUGACAUACCAACUUGAGGAUGGGGACUAUUUCUUGGGAUGGAGCAGAAUAGGACUGCGAGGGGCCCCUGGCUUCAACCAUGUUUGUAAUAGGUUAUUUCUUUAACAAGGGGAUGCAGUGUUACUUGACAAAGCUGGAUGGGUGCUCAUGAUCUUACGUUUUAACUUUCUUUAUGCUUGAAACAUUUCAGGAAAGAAAAAAGAUCCUAGUCGGUGAGGAAAAUGGAUUGGAAAAGAGAAAGCAGUGGGAGAGUGCGUAUGAAAGCGUUGCAGAAGCCCAGGAAGGUCACCUUCUAAGAAUCAGGCGUCGGUGGAAGAAGCUCAAGAGACCGUGAGGCCUGAGUGGUGAACGUCGUCAUCAUGUCCACAGGAGUCCUGGAAGAUGCCUGGAGGGAGAGAGGUGGAGAGAAAGAUGUGGGCCCGGAAUCUCAGUGAGGAAGGAGCUCGCAGAAGCCAGCGCCAUGGAGACGAGGCCCCAGGAGGGCAGGAAAGGGCCCCCGCCCAGGGACGUGCCCCCGGUGGUGGGACUGCUGCUGUCCAUGGCCCUCAUGAACGCCCUCCUCUACCUGUGCCUCGACUGGCUCUUCAUCUCGCCCCGGCGCUCCACGGAGGACCCCACACGCUGUCCCUACGGCCACUUCAGGAUGGGGCCGACGAGCAACUGCUCCCCGUGGCUGUCCUGCGAGCAGCUGAGGACAGAAGUGAGGCAGAUGAAGCGUGUCGGGGAAGGAGCCGUGAAGAGAUGGGUGCUGACCUCCACCCCGCCCCUCCUGGCACCCCGACUUCAGUAACUCCUCGGGGCCUCGGUGGGCUGAUCCCACUGCUGGGGGUGCAGCAGUGGACAGAACAAAGGCCCUUGAAGCCGGCUGGAGAGUCAGACAGUCAAGAAGACAAGAAACAGGUGUUUCUGUCCGAGUGGAAGGAACGCAAGGUGGCUUUGUCGCGGCUCACCAGGCUGGAGGUAAGAGACGACUUCCUGCACGGACUGCGGAUGCUGAAGUCGUUGCAGAGUGAGCACGUUGUCACGCUGCUGGGCUACUGUGAGGAUGACAACAGCAUCCUCACUGAGUACCACCCCUUAGGCUCCCUGAGCAGCCUGGAGGCGACGCUGAACCUCUCCAAGUACCAGAGCACGAACACAUGGCAGCACAGGCUGCAGCUGGCCCUGGGCUACGUGGCCAUCAUCGACUUCCUGCACCGUAGCCCCCUGGGCACGCUGGUCAUGUGCGACUCCAGCGACCUGCCCAAGACGCUGUCCCAGUACCUGCUGACCGCCAACUUCAGUAUCGUGCUCAACGACCUGGACGCCCUGCCCCUGGUGAACCGCAGCACCGGGGCCCUGGUGAAGUGCGGCCACCGGGAGCUUCACGGGGACUUCGUGGCCCCAGAGCAGCUGUGGCCCUACGGAGAGGACGUGCCUUUUCACGACGACCUCAUGCCCGCGUAUGACGAGAAGAUUGACAUCUGGAAGAUUCCAGACGUCUCCAGUUUCCUUCUGGGGCACGUAGAAGGGAGCGACAUGGUCCGAUUCCACUUGUUUGAUAUUCACAAGGCGUGUAAGAGCCAGACGCCUGCAGAGAGACCCACCGCUCAGGACGUCCUGGACACUUACCAGAAGGUUUUGAAUCUACUCAGAGACACCGCGACAUCUCAGACAAGAGAGAUGCUGUAAAAACCAGUGCAGUCGGUGAGGUAUGGGAGUCAAGGAUCGGAUGGAAGAGUUACAGUGGUUCCACUCUGAUGGUGAGGUUUUUGCUGCUUUGACCCGUGGUUCUUCCAUCCGCGUGCACAAGUGAGCGGCUCCCUAUCCUGGCCGCCUGGCAGGAGUUACUAAGCCAGAGCAAACCGGGCUUGAUGGGAACCUGGCUUCAGGCGGAGGUGCAAAGAAGCAGCGAGUCUGGCCAGUAUCUGAAGGAAGUAACAAAUAUGGAGCUACAAAGAGGCUUCCCUAACACCUAAAUGUGUAAGCUUGUAAGAAAUGUGUGUAGAGAGGUUUUUAAAUUGCAGUGUACGGAAGAAACAAGCAGUAGUACUCGCCUUUUUAGGUGAGUAUUGCGGUGUAUUUCACUGGUACUGAUGAGGCAUCUCUACCAUUUCAAAUGAUUGCUCUGUGAAGCUCCCGGGCCAUUCCCUUCCCAGCGAGCUUGGACGUUCUUUGAAAUUUUGAAUGGAUAAGGAACAUUUAAAAUAUCAAGUAUGAUGGAGAUUAUGUUACUGCCUUGGAUGGUGCUUGUGAAAUUCCUACUUACCUUCCAGCUGGAUUUUCUGUGUCCAAAAUUAAUUAUUGUGAACAUUUUAUAUCAACAGUAUCUGUCACUCAUUACUGGAAGGUGUCGAGCCCUUCCACUUGAGCUGCAUGAUUGAAUCCUUCAAGUAGCUCUUUCCUUGGUCACUGUCAUCCUUGUUUGCAGGGGAUGAAGGAUUUGGUGCAUAGUCAUCAUCACCAGUAAGGGGGUUAAAGCUGACUGAGGGGCAGAGAUGCUGUGCAGCCGGCUGCCUGCCCCUGGCUUGCACAGGCCUCACAGUCACUGGAGUCACAGGGAGCUGGGCCCUGACCCGCAGGCUCUGACUCAGUCUGUCUGGGUGGAGUCCGAGAGUUUGCAUUUCUCACUGGUUUCCAGGUGAUUCUGGUGCUGCCAGUCUGGGGACCACAUUUCGAGAACCACUGUGCUUAACUCUCAGGGAGGGCAACCCAGGCAGUGGGAUAGGGAGUAUUGUCAGUAUUAUCCCUAUUCUACCGCCUGUGGUUGAUCGGGUCCUGUGGGUCCUGUGGUUCGUCAGAGAAUACGCUUGCCCAGAGUAUAUUAACUGCUACUUUCUGUUAUAAAAAUGCUGCCAGAACCCACUAGGACGGCUGUAAUCAGAAGGAUGGACAGUAACAAGUGUUGGUGAGGAUGUAGAGAACUGGAACCAUCAUACACUGCUGGUGGGAAUGUCAAGUGUUCCAGCUGCUUUGGAAAACAGUCUGGCAGUUCCUCAAAAAGUUAAAAUAGAGUUACCAUGACCCAGCAGUUCCCCUCCCCAGUAUUUACCUGAGAGAAUUGAAAACAUGGCCAUAAAAGAACUUGUACAUGAAUGUUCAUAGCAGCAUUAUUCGUGAGAGACAAAAGAUGAAAAUAACCCAAAUGUCCAUCCACUGGUGAAUAGGUAAAGAAAACAAAGAAAAUGUGGUCCAUCCAUUCCAUGAGGUGUUGUUCAGCCAUAAAAAGGAAAGAAGUACUGAUACAUGCUCCGACAUGGAUGAAUAUGCUAAGUGAAAGAAGCUGUCGCAAAAGACCACAUUUGUAUGAUUUCAUUUAUAUGAAAUGUCCAGAAUCGACAAACCCAUAGACAUAGAAAGUAAAUCAGUAGUUUCUAGAGGCUGGCAGGGGCCUGGGGUUGAAGAAUGGGGAGUGCUUGCUUGUGGGCACAGGGUUUCUUUGGGGGUGAUGAAAAUGUCCAGGAAUUAUGCAGUGGUGAUGGUUGCACAGCUCAGUAUACUAGGUAACACUGAAUUGUACAAAAAGGGAAAAUUCUAUGGUAUGUGAAUUAUAUCUCAGUAAAGCUGGAACCCCCCCCACUUCUGCCACAAGACCAUGUACCUCUUAUGACCCUUUUCACUUGAUGUAGUAGUUACUGUGUGGAGUUGCUGAUUUGAAAUUACCCUAUUCAUGUUGUAAUUCUGGUUUGAGGGUUUUCUUGGUUUGGUGACUUUGCAUUGGGAGGAAAACAUUGUUUCAAAUGAAUUUGUUUUUAAAUAUUGAUGAUAGAGCUAAAAUGAACAGCAUGGUGUAAGGGAGAGGACGCUGUCAGGAUCAGAAGACCUGAGUUAUCAUCCCAGCUCUGCCUCUGAUUCAUGUGUGGCCUCAGACAAACCCAUUUCUAAAUGAGAGAGUUGGCGAGAGGCAUUUCCAACUUCUGCUCUGCCUCUGAGUUCUCCCUGCUGCUUUACCAUGCCAGUGCCAGACACCAAACUGGCCCUGGCCCUUCAGGUUCAAUCUUCAGUACCAACAGAACUGCAAAAUCAUAAGAGGAACUUACAUGCUCACUAAAACCUAGGUGAGUUCAUUGCCCACAUAUUCAGCAAAAGUAUAAUCAGGAGAAGAGGCAGAUGAGGUGAGCCAUUCUCAAAGCACAGCCCAGGAUUUAGUGGUCUCUCUACUAACCUUAUUCCAAGUUUUUUUUUUUUUUAAAUCACCAUGGGGACAUCACUGGAGGUCCAGUGGUUAAGACUCUACACUUCCACUGCCAGGGGCAAGGGUUUGAUCCCUGGUCAGGGAACUAAGGUCCUGCAUGCCACGUGGUGUGGCCAAAAAAAAAGAAAAAAAAUCAUCACUACCAUGUGGUUUAUAGUGUGUUUUCUCUUUAUCUCAUGUGAUGCUACAAACACCCCAAGCUUCGGAGAGCCUCCAGGGAUUGUAAAUCGUUCAGCAGAGACAGGACACGUGAGUGUUCUUAAAACGAGGCACAUGAGGUGGGAGUGGGGUGGAAAGCUUAUCUCAUGCAGGAUGUGUUAAAAAGGUCCUCUAUGUAUCCACCCUCCCCCCAUUAUUUUAAAAAUAAAUGUCAGUUUCAGUAAUCACUA